CGAUACAACCAUAUACAUCAAGGCCGAGGCAGACUGUUCUUGUUGACUUUCCUUGUUUGAAGGUCCCUGUGCAACACAGCGCAUCAGGACUAGUACUGCAAUUACGCCUGCUAUGGAUGUUAAGUGCACGGCAGAGCGCAUGGCAGAGCUCAGCGCCGAGCUGCGGAUGGCCAAGCUGACGCCAGCUGUUGCGAGGAGAGGACCGUCGGAGCUAAGGCAAGUAUGAUGCAUAUGCUUGGAGCCACGGCGGCAAACUUAGGCAUUCUGGCGAGCUGCCACACAACCAAGUCGUUUCCGCUCAGGGCAGAGGGCCGGUCUCUGCCCUGUUUCCGCUUGCUCGCGAGAUAUGCAGCCCACACAUUGGACAAACUAGUAGGCCUUCUGAUUAAAAGCUUUACUUAUCAAAAGAAUUAUGUGACGGCGACUUCUUCUUCUUCGAUGCAGACCGUCGCACUUGCGAGGCACCCAACAACCUUUGCUGGGCCACCCGAUGCAUAAAAGCCGGUGCCUCGAUGUGGGGUUGCGUUGGAACAAGGAUGCACCACCUUGCGCUGGGUCGACUUCGGCUCGAUAAAUAGCAGGCGUGGUAGCAGCGACCAGCAAGGAUUAGCAUGUCGGAGCUAAGCAAUGCGGCCGCACCUUCUGCGGCUUCUGGAUGGUGCGAGGACUCAGCUCUUCUCCACGCCAUCUACGACUUCCCCCAUCUCUCAGCCGCGGCACACCAGCAGGAUGCAACUGCGAGUGGGCUUGCGAAGUUGUUCGCAAAGUUCGUGGCUCAGCUGCCAUUGCCAUGUGGGUCGGGCGAGCUGUCAGCGGCAUCGGAUGCUUCCCCCUUGCCCGUUAUCUGGGCGGACCUCGCACCCAAUGACGGUACGUCUCUUGCCGCAACCGCCGACUACCUCACGUCGGACCAGGUGACGUGGUUUGCCGACUUCGGCUGCGCGGUCCUGGCUACUGGAGCACUGGGGCAUGGCGGAGAUGCGGGUGAGGUGCAGGCGGCGCGCGGCCAGGACCUGCGACCGCGGCCCGACCACGUAUCCCUCCACGUGGUGGCACCGGAAUGCUGGCGCUUCGAGGCUCACAGCUCCCCCGGCGGUUCGGUACAGCACACCGCCAAGCCCGCUGCCGGCCCCGACACCGCGCCCACCGUGUGGUCAUGCGGCAACACCAUCCCCACGUCCGACCUGCCGCGCGUGCUGGGCAUCAUGCACGAGCUGAUAACCAAGAGCCGCAAUGCCAAGGCCAAGGAUGGUCGGAAGGGCUUCCAGCGCACCCCUGCCUUCAUCGUCGAAGUCGCUGGGCUGGCACUGCAGCGGCUGUGGGAGCAAGAGCAAGACGGUGGUGGGGGCGGCGGCGGUGCUGGUGUGGCGAGCAAGCUGCCGCAGCCGCGCGGCGGCACUACGGAUGUGGGUCAACACACCGGCCACGACACCGUGCGCAACACGUGCUGGCCUCUGGUGCGGGCUGUCGUGCAGGUUUCGCUGCAGUCCACGGGCGUGUGCGGCCCGCAGCAGCUGCCCGACCUGCUGUUCCGCCGCGCCAUGGCCCACAUGGACCUGUGGCUGCUGCGCCGCCAGGUGCAGUGCCUGAGCAGCCCCGCAGCAGCCGCCACGCCGAUCGCACUAACAGCGGCCAUGCACAUGCUGCACGCCACUGCCGCCAAGGCCGCAAACCUGGCGGCGGAGGGCGAGGACGUAUCGGCCUUUGUGUCAGAUUGUGACAAGUCACGGUCGGAGGUGGAGGGGGUUGCGGCGGAGCGGGCGUGUCAGGCGGCGGAACAGCACAGCUUGCCGGAUGCAGGCUCUUCGGACGCACUGGGCGUGAUGCAGCUUCCAGCCGGUGUGCUCCCGGGACUGCCACCCGCUCAGCGGACUGCUGGCGGUCUGGAGGCAGCGCUGCAGCGCGCCCAGGCCAACCUGGGCUCCGUGCCGCUGCUGGAGCCGGGCGCAUCCCUCGUGGAUAUGCAGGGAAUGCUGGAGUCAGCGCUCUGGUCCAAGCCUGCCGGUGACGCAACGGCACAGCUCGUGCUCCGCUCCGUCGAGCGCGAGCUGUUCACACGAGCCGCCGCGCUACAGGUGAGCAGCAGCCGCCGUCAGCUUUCAGAUGCAACCCUGGAGGUGCUGGAGGCCGUUGUCGACACAUACCGGAACGCGCUGCACGCCUUCAUGCAGACGCCUGCAGCGCAGUCAGCCAUGCAGCCGGAGCUGCGCAGCCGCGAGGUGCUUGUGGUGUGGUGCGCCUAUUGCCUGGCACACGACUCGGUGGCGCGGCGGCACCCGAUGGUGCGCGGGUACAGGCCCGCGCUGCAGUUUGAGGACCUGCGGCACCUGGUGCUGUCGGACCGGCCAGCGGUCGAUGCGGUACUGGCGGUGGCGGCGUACCUCAACCAGCAGCAGCAGUGCGGCGGGCCGCCGUUGUUUUCGCUGCGGGACGGCGGCAGUGGCACCUUCGGCUUUGCCGAGCGCUUUGCAGGGCAGGACAGCCAGCUGCAGCAGAUCCUGGCCAGCGAGAGGGCAGACGCGACAGCUCGCGUGGACGCUCACUGGGCCAAUGUGCAGCAGCAGAAGCGCGAGCUGGCAAAGGCGCGUCAGGACCUGGCGUCCUUGCAGGCCACUGAACAAAGCUUGCGGACUCAGCUCAGCCGGGCAGGCUACUGCUCGUCUGAGUAUAACAAACUGAUCAGCCGCAUCAACAGCAACUCAUCGGCUCAAAGCGGCUGCAAGUCCCGCAUCAGCAGUCUGGAGAAACCGCCGGCACCGGUGCUGCAGCCGCUGCCUGCCGCAGACAGCCUGGCGCGGCGGUGGGUGUUUUUCCUCCACAUGCCGCCGGCAUUCCGCUGCCUGUCGCGGCUCAGCUUCCUGGGGCAACAGGUGCUGCUGCCGCGGCCGCUGGACGGCCGCAGCCCGCAGCUGGCAGCUGUGUAUGCAGUUGUGUCGGUGCAGCUGCCACCCACAUCUGUUGUCGCUUACUACAACGAGCGCCGCGCACUUCGCACCUACAUUGCCAGACCGACUCAGGCCUUUGAUGGCAAGGAUGGGGCCGUAAUGCUUUACGCGAGUGGCGAGCCGCCUCAGAAGGUUGGGCCCACAAGCAUCGACCAUUACAACUCGCCAGCCGAUGGCGUGUGGUACCCAGACUCCCUGGAGCCCCACUUGUUUUGGAGCGGCACCGGCAGCGCUGCCGACAGCGGCUGCGGCUUCCCGACGUACUUCAACCCAUUUGCGUGUGUGGAUGUCACCACCGUGGAGGAGUUCUUCACCGAGCGGCUGCCGGGCAAGGCGGCGGCGCUGCAGUGGGCGGCGCACCAGCACACGACGGUGGAGGCCACACCGCGGGACCGCGGGAACUGGGCACUGGCGAGCCAGGAAUCCUGCCCGACCGAGCUGCUGUCCAAGAGCGAGUUCCUGCAGUUCGGCCGCAUGCGCUCCUACCCGCUGCAGCAGCUGCGGAACCUGUGCGAGGUGCUGCGGCGGCAAGACCAGGCGCUGCCGCUCACCGGACCAGCCGUGCAGCUGCUGCUGCGGCAGCUGCUGUUUCAUGUGGGGCCCAUCCACAUCAGCACUGCUGGCAGCAGCAGCAUCGCCAGCAGUCGGCAACCUCAGCUGCUUUGGCGCAUGGGCUGGGAGCAGCCUGGGGAUGUGCUGGAUGCGCUUUGUACGGAGUUGGGGGCCCUCGCCGACACCCUGGACGGCAAGGUGCGAGAUCACGACGCCAUCCUGCUGCUGGGCGAGGUGGCGGCUUACCUGGCGGACUGGCACGCACCGUGCGGCGCCGUGGCGCGCCGCUUUGCCGUCAUCACUUUGAGGGAGGCGGACCGGCUGCAGGCGGAGCUGGAUGCAGCAGCAGGAAUAGCGGGAGAUGACCGGCGCGUGUCGGAGUUGCUGGCGCGGCAGGUGCGCUGGCGGGUGAUGGCGCUGCUGUGCUACGGCGCCGGCCCGCUGGCGCCUGCUGGCAGCAGCACUGGUCAGCAGCAUCAGGCAGAGGACGCGGCGGUGAUGGUGCAACUAAUGGUGCAGAUCUGCCAUGGCCUGACCUUCCAGGACAACCCAGCAACACUGAGGGAGCUGCAGCUGCUGCGCGCCCGCGCCCACAACGUCAUGGCUUUACGUGUGGAGCGGCUGCGUGAGCUGAUCAGCGGGCGCGAGGACGCAGUGCUCACGGCCGCAGUGGCAAGUGUGCUGGAGCGCACACCGGCGUCGCUGAGCUGGUAUGAGUUAAUAUACCCUACGUUAGCGCAGCAGCCGCCAGCAGCCAGUUAUCAGGCGGAGGGCUCGGACGGGCGCCUUUACAGUAUCAACAUCCUGGAUGGCACCGUCCUGUUCGACGGCUGCCCGCCCAGCCGCCUGCCCAAAGAAAUUGUCCAGCAUCCGCUGUACGUCCGCACCUUUGGCAGCUUCAACUUCGAGGUGGCAUUUGCUGGGGAAACUGGCAGUGCAGCGGGACCGGGGGGCGGCGGCGAGAUGGUGCUGCAGACGCUGCGCACGGUACGGGGUCGGCUCUACGACUUUCGCCUGUGCGCCGCAGCAGCCGACGAGCAGUUAGCGCAGCUGGUGAUAACGGAGGUUGACGCAGAGCACGGAGGCGAGCGGCUUGAGCUGCUGGACGCGGGGGCCGACAGCAGCUGCCGCGGCUGGGGCGAGCAGCUGCCGGUGCGGCUUCGCGGGCUGCACAGCCACUGGCUGAGCCGGCAGCGCGGCGUGCUGGUGUUGCGGCCGCGCAGCUUCCAGGAGCACGAGUGCGCCUUCCUUGUCAAGUGCCUGCCUGGCAGUGGCAGCAGCGCAAGUAGCAUGAGGCUGCCAAUCAGCGCAGCAACGCCCUGCACGUACGACUGCCGGCGUGUGCCUCUGCAUUUGCAGUCACGGCACUGGUUGGAGCUGCUGCAGCUACUGGUCGUUGAAGGGCAGGCGGCGUCGGAGGCAGCCCAGUCGGCAUUGCUCGACCGCCUGGUGCUGCUGCGGGGAUCCAAGGUUGUGGGCUCCAUCCUCGCCAAGUUUGAGGACCGGCGUUUCAUCCACACCUUCAUCAGUGUCAGCAACGGCGAGGUGUCGUUCGAGCUGCCCCGCUGUGGCCUGGAGUUCAGCAUGCGGCAGCAGGUGCCAGUUGCUGGGGCGGGGCAGAAGCAACCGGGCGGGCACCAGGCCAGCUGUUGCCAGCUGCUGUCGCGCAACUACACCGGCUACCGCCUGAGGCAGGUGCAGCAGCUGGCUGAGCGCUGCAAGACGGGCGGUGGCGCAACAGGCGCAGCCACCUACACGCUGCCCGAAUUCCGGCAGUACCUGGUCCUGGAGCGCAUCCCGCGGCCGUCCGUAGCGCCUGUAGGAGCUCAGCGUGCGGAGGUGCUGGUGCUGGUGCCAGCGGGCGUGGUGGCCAGCCGCGUGUGGGAUGCCAACGCUCCAGCAGAGGUCAAUGUGCACUGUUAUGAGGCGCACGGCCGCUUCGGACACUUGCGCGCCCCCAUGCGCCUAGCACGGCUGCAGCUGGCGGCGCUCUACGCCGCCACCUCCACGCUGCUGCCGGAGCCGGGCAGUCGCUGCACCGGGGCUCAGACGGCCAUGGAGCUGCUGCGGCAGUGCUGGAGCACCCGGCCGCUUGAGGCGGCUGAGGCGGAGCAGCUGGCGGCGGUGGGGCGGCUAGGCGGCCACCUGGCGCCGGGGCUGCACCUGCUCGCACACGACCUCGCCGCCAGCGCGGCGCAACUGGCACACCUGCACGCAGCGUCAGCGGCGGACAACUUACCGGUGUCUUCAGUUGCACCGGCGGCUUCGACUGCAGGGGCAGUUGGCGGCUCAGCUGCUCCGGGCACCGGCAGUGGCAACACCUCCGGCCUUGAUGCACACGACCGCACGGUUAUGCCGCGCCUGUGCGCUGACCAUGCACACGCAUACGCAGCGCACUGGCAUGCAGCAGAAGACGACCUGCCACCAGGCUGGGGUGUGAACCCGCGCAUGCUGCUGACGCCUAUUGAGGAGGAGCGGACUCUGGGCAGGCACCUGCCCUGCAAAGGGCCACCGGCUUGGCGUCGGCAGCGGCUGUUUCAGCCCAUCUCCGUGCUGGGGGUAGCGCCGGCGAUGCCGUUUACUUUUGUGAAGGAAUUGGAGGCGCAACUGCUGGGCUUAAUGACAGUACCAAAAGCAAAGCGCAAAAAGUCCGGCGGCCACCCGUACCCGCUUGCAGCGUCUCACACGCCACUGCGGCCGCUCGAGGCGGACAUGCACGCUGAGCUGCAGGAGAGCUGGGAGGCGCACCGCUCGCAGCCCGAUCUGGCGGCGUAUGGCGUCAAGCCAGAGUGCCUGGAGCGUGUGCGUGGCCUUAAGGCCACCGCUACUGCACACCGCCGCAACCUGGAGGCGCACCUGCUUAGGCAGCUGGCGCUGGUGCCGCAAUCUGUUGGCAGUCGUGGCGUCAGCCUGCGCCUGCUGAGGGCCGCUGCUGCGGCAGCCGAAGCGGGGCCUCUGGACCUGAUGCGAGUCGCGGUGCGGCCCGAGCUGGUCGCUGAGUUCAAUCCGUUCCUGUCACCUGAGGCGGCGCAGGAGCUGCAGCGGCGCGUGCUGACGUGGCUGCAGCUGUGUGUGCUGGAGGACAGGCUUGGGCGGGUGGAGGCGCUGGCGGCGGCACGUGAGGCGGGCGACGACUGCUUGCCACAGCUGGUGCAGGAGCUAGGCGUGCACCGCACCUGGGACAUGGCGGCGCACCCGGAGUGGCUGGUGUUUGAGGUGGAGUCGCAGCUGCAGAUCCGGCCACAGCAGUACACCGUGGCCCGCAUGCUGAUGGAGGGCGGUGACGGGCCCAUCGCACAGCUCAACAUGGGCGAGGGCAAGACGCGCGUCAUCCUGCCCAUGCUGGUGCUCGCGCUCGCGGACGGCAAGCGCGUGGUGUCACUGGCGUUUCUGUCCACGCUGCUGGAUGAGGCCGACGCCUACCUGCACGGGGCGCUGUGUGCGGGCGUGCUGGGCCGCAAGCUGUUCACGAUGCCCUUCCACCGCGACAUCGAGCUCACUCCGGCACGCGUGCUGCGCAUGCGGGCGGCGCUUGCGCACUGCAUGCAGUACCGCGGAGUUCUCCUGGUGGCACCCGAGCACCGCCUGUCCCUGGAGCUCAAAUGGAAGGAGCUCAUUUGCCGGGAGCGGCAAGGGCACGAAGCCACAGCGACGACAGGAGGUGCUGCCGGCUGUUCGCAGCAAGUGGUGACGCUGCUCGCGGCGCUGCUGCGCACCCCCGUCCUCAGCAUCCUGGACGAGAGCGAUGAGUUGCUGCACCACCGGUACCAGCUCAUUUACGCGUGUGGCGGCAAGACCCCUCUGGUAGGCUUCGAGGCCCGCACCGGCGCCAUCCGCGCUGUGUUCGACUCCAUCGCCGUCCUGUCCAACAGCGGUGAGCUGCGCCUGCCGCACGCCAGCCGUGUUCUGGAACCGCCCAUGACAUCCAGUCCGGACGAGGAGGCACCAUCCGGAGGCAAAGCGGACCCUGUGGCGGCAGCUGUGGCUGCGGGCAUGUUCUGCGGCCUGCGGCUGCUGCCGGGCCCAGACCUGGAGGCCGCGCUGCCCGCCUUCCACGAGCAGCUGGCACGUCACGUGCUGGACCACCUGCCGUUCGAGUUCCAGAAGAUGGCCGACGUGCUGGACGAGGAAGAAAUGGAGCUGGUGGUGGCUUGUGUUACGAAACUGGAUGAGGCCGCCGAGGAGGCGCUGGGCGAGGAGCUAAUGGCCAAGCUGACGGGCCCGGGCGGCGGCUCGGACCUGUACGAGUUCGUGCUGGCGCUGCGCGGGCUGCUGGGCGGCGGCAUCCUGAGGCACGGCCUGACGCUGCGGAACCAGGUCGACUACGGCAUCGACAGGCGCAAGGCCAGCAUCGCAAGCAGUGCCACACGUACCCGGACGCGCAUGGCUGUGCCGUACCGUGCCGCACACACGCCCUCGGAGCGCUCCGAGUUCGCGCAGCCCGACGUUGCGCUGCUGCUGACUCAUCUGGCCUACCGCUAUGACGGCCUGACCCUGCCCGAGUUCACGGCCGCGGUGGAUCGGCUGCUGCACGGGCUGGGCAAGGAGGCGGCGGCGGACCAUUAUCGUGAAUGGGUGGGGCUGUCGGCUGAGAGCAUCCCGCAGGACGAGCUGGCUCGUUUUUCGGACGUGAACCAGCUGGACGCCAGCAGCAGCUCCCAGAUGGCGGCCAUGCACCGCCACCUGCGCCGCAACACCGCUGUGGUGGACUUCUGGCUACGGUACUGUGUGCUGCCGGCCGAGACCCGGCAGUACCCGCAGCGGCUGGGGGCGAGUGCCUGGGACCUGGCGGCGGCGGGCGCCCGCGUCAUGGGCUUCAGCGGCACCAAUGACAACUACCGGUUACUGCCGCUGCGCCUGCACCAGGCGGCCCCGGAAGACGCCGCCCUGAAGGCCACAAACGGCAGGAUGCUGGACGUGACCAUUAAGCACACGCGAGGCUUCCAUACGCUGUCAUCGGUCGAGGACUCUGGCGGCGUGCCUGUGUGGCAGUCGCUGCUGCAGAUGGCGCUGGACACUGGGGCGCAUGCGGUUCUGGACUGCGGCGCACUGAUGGCGGGCACCAGCAACAGGCGCGCUGCCGAGUACCUACUGGCCGGGCCGCGUCUGCAGCGCCUGCAGCAGCUGCGCUUCCGCGGCGUCACCUACUUUGAUGAGGCGGCGCGCGGCUGGGUGGUGCUGGAGCACACCGGCCGCUGCCUGCCCCGAGCCAGCUCGCCGCUGCAGGAGCACGAAACCUUCGUGCUCUACGAUGAGGCGCGCUGCCGUGGCGCGGAUCUGAAGCUGCAGCGGAGCGCGGUCGGGCUGCUGACGCUGGGGCCGCGCGUGUGCAAGGACAAGCUCAUGCAGGCGGCGGGGCGGCUGCGGCAGCUGAGCCGCGGCCAGGCACUGCGCUUUGCUGCGACCGCUGACAUUGCUGCUCGCGUGGUGGAGUACGCCGCAGCAUCCGGAUCAGCUGGCGGCGCAGCAGCAGCUGCUGCUGGUGGUUCCACGGACCCUGGCGCUGUCGACGUGCUGGCGUGGGUGAUGGGCAACACCGUGGACGCCAACCUGCACGGCGUGGUGCAGUGGGCGGCGCAGGGGCUGCACUUCGCGACCACCCUCGGCGCUCCGGAGCGCUCCGUGCAGGAUGAGGUGCUGGGCCUGCGAGAGCUCUACGCGAGCAGCAAGGCGCCGCACCCCGUUGGCAAGGUGGUGGCGGCGGCCGCGAAGCAGGCGCGGCUGCGCCGUGGUAGUGGCGCAGGUGACAGCACCGACGGUGGUGCCGCAGCAGGCGGCGACGCUGAUAGCAGUAUUUGCGAUGGGUCAAUGGCAGCAGCGACAAAGUUAAUACGCAAGCUCCAGCAGCGGGCGCGCCAAUAUGGCGAGGGCCACUCCGUCCGCGCUGGCAGUGGCGCGGACGAGGAGUGUGAGCGGGAGCUGGAGCAGGAGGAAGAGGAGGAGCAGGAGAGGCAGCCCCCGAUGCAGAAGCCCCGGCUGGAGACAAACUGGCCAUCGUACUCCGCCGCGUGCACAGCCUCCACUCUGGUGCAGCUGCAAGCAGCCGCCGCGCACGGCACGCUGCAGCCGCUUUCUACAGCGGUGGAUUGGUUGGACAGCCAGGACCCGACCCAACCCAUGGACGCUGUACCCUGGUCAGGCAGGGUGUACAUCAGCUGCAACUACCUGCACGCCAUCGCGGACCUGCCCGAUGACCAGCCGCUGAACGACUACCUGCGGCCGGUGGGCUGGCUGCUGGUGCUGUCGGGCGGGGAGGUGGUGCUGCUGUCGGAGCGCGAGGCAGACCAGCUGCUGGCGGCGGCCUGGCAUGCAGCGGCCAAAGGCGCCGCAGCUGCUGGCCGUAGCGGUGCCACGGCGACAGAUGGGCCGCUGCUCGUGAGCCUGGCCUACGCCUGGCAGGCGGUAGCCUCACUGCCGCGGGCCAAGCCGCCGCUGCUGGUCACUAACCUGGGGCUGGCGGCAGCUGGCAUCGCGCAGGACCCUGCGACUGCAUGGCCUCAGCUUCGGAGGCGGCUGGGUGUCCGUCAGCUGAUCAGUGUGCGGGUGUUUGCCGGCGAGACCUCCUACCGGGUCCGCCCGGGCAUCAUGGGCGCCGCACCGAGCAAUGGCAACGCAGAGCUGAAGGCCGCGGCGCAGAAGGUGGAGGCGGAGCUGCGGCGCCUGGUGGAGGGGCGGCGGCCGCAGGUGCAGCAGCUGCUGGUGAUGCGAGGCCGUCAAUCGCAGAUGACGCGCAGUGACCUGGAGAAGGCCGUGGAGGGGCUGCAGCUGCAGCUGUGAGUUGAACUGGAAAUGGGCUGCAGCAACUGCGUCGUCGAAGUCCAUGUGGCCCACUAACUCCUUUGAGUCCGGGGGCGCGUUGGGAAAAGCAAAGGUCCAUGUCGAUUGGGAGAAUGUAGCACCAUGUCCGUAGCGUCAUGACUGCCUGAGUUAAAGUAAGCGGCUGCAUGGACACGGAAUCAAGGGAGUAGCGUGGCAUGCUGCAUGCAAGUUGAAUUACUGUAGGUUGCGUUGAGAGGGCAAUAUUUCGUGGAGUAGCGCAUUGCGGAUUCUGGCGUUUAUGGCUGUACAUCAGGAACGCCACGAAGGGAUACAGGCGCGUGACAUUGCUUACGUGUUGGUGGUUGCCUCGCACGGUGUGCCGAAGACGACACGACAUGCAGGCAAUAAGCGCUGUGCUUGAGAGGAGCUGAGGUCCCAGGGGGCUGAGGUCAGAAAGUCUGGAGUUGGUGUCAAGUAUCGUGUUGCUGUUCCAUGUUCCAGGUGCAUGUACUCUGCGUGAUGCUUACUUGACCAUACCAUGUUCUCUGUAGCGCCCAAGCUUGUGUCAACUGCGAGAUAGGAAGCAAGCCAUGCUAUUUGUUCAAGCUGGCCGCAGCGCAGUUGUGCAAGUUGGCACCUCCCUGAUA